GAGACGGCGCGCCAGAUGCGCCGCCCGGGAACGCUGCCCGUCGCGAACAAUGCUUCCGGUCACCGCGGAGGAGCUGGAGGAGGAAAAGGAGGAGGUGGCGGAACGGGAGGUGGAGGGGGAGGCGGUAGGGGCGUCGUGGAUGAUGGCACGGCGUCGCUGAACGCUACGCCGAUCGACGGAGUCACGUCCAGCGCGGCGAGAUCCCAUUACUCCAGUCACUCCCUGCGUCGAACGCCGCAUUCACAGCCACAACUCUCGGCCAGAGAACCGGACGACCGGAUGCGAACUCUGGAGUCCGGACUUCAGAACGGAAUCCCGGUUGGUAGUCGCCAUCAGUCGUCGCCGCCGCCGCCGCUGCCCUCCAGGCAUCAGGCAAAUUGUGGCCAAUCCUCGUAUCCCACUCUGCCGGUCAACGGACACGCUGCUCAUCACUAUCAUCAUCAUGCGAGGGAGCGUGAAAAAGACAGAUCGUCCGUUCGCGAGAGAAAUCGCGAUCGGGAUAACGAUCCACCACCGCCGCCACCGCCGCCACCCAUAUCGACUCACCGAUCCGAUAAACAUCGAGAGGCCCAGCUGGAAAUGGAGCUGCGAGACAGCCUCGACAUGGGUGGUAUUGGGACGUAUCGAGCGUAGACGAGCGUCGAUGAACCGGUUGCGUCAUCUUGCAAAUCAAGAAAAUGAGAAGGCGCAUUUAUAGUCCAGAAAAGACAUAAUCGUAUGUUCGUGUAAACUCCUCCGCGUUGUUUCACUUAGUACGGGAAAAUUUGUAAGAAAAUAAUUCCAAAACGUAUGACGAAGACAGCCUGAAGUUUCUGUCUUCACAAGACGUAAAGAAACGAAAAUCAAUGAAAUAUAAAGAAGACUGAGAAAACAUUGACAAAGAAUAUCAAAAAGUGAGAGCAAAUGCGAAUCACCCAUGUCGAUAUAAUAGCAGAUGAUCGGUAAUAUAUUCGGGAUAUCUAUUUGAUCGAUAUUAAUCAGACCAGCGAUAUAAUUAUUUGAUCAUCAAUAUAAUGCUGCAAAUCAGUCGAUCAACUUUUCUGAGACAAGAUGACAUUCUAAAAAUUAUGUAUUUCGUAGCUCUCAACGGUUUUUUACAUAAAUCUAUCUUCCUUCGACUCGAGAGUUAAUACUCUCUACGUUAUGUUGAGCAUCAUCGUCUCAUGAAUCUCCAGAGAAAAGAGGAUUUAACACGGAAAUGACUUUCGCCAGAAGUUUUCUCCGUUUUAUCACUGAUGACCACAAGAUUGUCGCAGCCUUGUCCAGGAUGAGUGAUGCCAAACGGAAAUCCCUCACGGAUGAAUAAUCCGUGGGAAGGCAGGGUCGGUCUACAAUCCCCAACCGACGGAAACGACGGGUCAUCGGUCACGUGGAGCCUGUUGUUCCACGUGAUACACGUACCUAUAUAUACGCGUAAAAACACUGACAUACACGGUAUGAUCGUGCCGAGACCAUCGAGCUCGAUCGCAACUGAAGUUCGAUAACGCAUCGGUCUACGUCGAGUUAUUCUUCGAGAGCUCCGAAGAAUCAACGAGAACUUAACGAGUUGCUUAAACGUCGUCAAACAGAUGAGAGCGAUUCGUUAGGAUCUAUCGAUCGUCGCCCGAUCGUUUUAUUCGAGACGGACACGCGACGAGAAUUCGUAUCGCGAAACGUGUAUCAUAAGCGAGGAGAUACCGUACUAAAGAAUGUAGAACUACAGCUAUAUAAAUAUACAUAUAUAUACAGAUAGAUAUAUAAAUAAAAAAUAUAUAUAUACAUAAAUUAUAUAUAUUCUAAACGGUCGAAUUAUUUUCUAAAUAAAAACACCAAUGUACAGAGGCAAUGACAGAGACGAUAUAGUUGAGCUAGUGUCAGGCGUCCUCGACUAUCGUAACUUUAAUAAACUUAACUUUAAAUCGAGAGUUUCCGGGUACCUGCUCACUAAGAAAAAAAAGAGAAUGAAAAUCAGUAAGCGGGUACCCGCCUGCAAUUCGAUCCCUCGAUCGUCGAGAGAGAAGAGAUCGUGGGGUGGAGAAAUUAUCAAAAUAUCGGUAUCGCGCCCGAAUUAGCGGUAUGUAAGAUCGGCCGUUUCUUUUUCUGGUCGAUGUGUGUGUGUAAGAUUCGUUAAGGAUUUAACCUUAAGAAGGUUUACGCUGUUGUUAGGGAACCGCGCAGGUUUCUGAACGCGGAUAUCGUCCGUUUGUUUCGUUUUUUAGCGAAUGGGUGUCUUUCGAGAUCGAGAUGUCAAUCCACGCGAUAGAGACAUUAGAGAAUUCGCAGAUUUUCAGAUGCACGUUGAUUUAAUAUAUGAAUGAUUUCAUAUCCAA